AUGGCCGCCCAACUCUCCAACGGGGCGUCCAACUCGACAACACCCAAGCCCGCAUCCGCCGGGCACGGCCUCCCGAUAGCAGAACUCCCCAAGACAUGGACAUAUACUUCCUCCCUCCCGCCCGAUUCCCUCUUCCCGACCCCGGCCGACUCCCACAAGACCCCGCGCGACCAGAUCGCCCCGCGCGGUGUUCGCAACGCCGCCUUCACAUGGGUCCGCCCCGAGACCGCCGAGGACCCGGAGCUCCUCGCCGUAAGUCCCGCCGCGAUGCGAGAUAUCGGUAUUAAGGAAGGCGACGAGGAGACGGAGGAGUUCCGCCAGACCGUCGCCGGAAACAGGCUACACGGCUGGGACGAGGAGAAGCUCGAGGGCGGAUACCCCUGGGCGCAGUGCUACGGCGGGUUCCAGUUCGGCCAGUGGGCCGGCCAGCUCGGCGACGGCCGCGCCAUCUCGCUGUUCGAGACGCGGAACCCCGAGACAAAGGUGCGGUACGAGCUGCAGCUGAAGGGCGCCGGCAUCACGCCGUACUCGCGGUUCGCGGACGGGAAGGCGGUUCUGCGGUCGAGUAUCCGCGAGUUUGUGGUUUCCGAGGCGCUGCAUGCGCUCGGGAUCCCCAGCACGCGCGCGCUGGCCUUGACGCUCUUGCCAAAGACCAAGGUCAGGCGCGAGACCGUCGAGCCGGGUGCGAUCGUCUUGCGCUUCGCGCAGUCGUGGAUCCGUCUCGGAAACUUCGACCUCCAGCGUGCAAGGGGCGACCGCGCCAUGAUCCGCACCCUAGCGACGUACGUUGCCGAAGACGUCCUCGGCGGCUGGGAAGCCUUGCCCGCGCGCCUCGAAAACCCCGACAAGCCUGGCGAGGGCCUCGAACCCGCUCGUGGCGUCCCGGCGACGGAAAUCCAGGGGCCUGAAGAGUCGGCCGAGAACCGCUUCACCCGGCUGUUUCGCGAGGUCGCCCGCCGCAACGCCCUGACGGUCGCAAAGUGGCAGGCCUACGGCUUCAUGAACGGCGUGCUUAACACGGACAACACCUCCAUCAUGGGCCUGAGCAUCGACUUUGGCCCCUUUGCCUUCAUGGACAACUUCGACCCGGCCUACACCCCCAACCACGACGACCACCUGCUGCGGUACAGCUACCGCAACCAGCCGACCAUCAUAUGGUGGAACCUGGUGCGCUUCGGCGAGGCGCUGGGCGAGCUGCUCGGCGCCGGUGCCGGCGUGGACGAGGACACGUUUGUCAACGACGGCGUGGAGGAGAGCCAGUCUGAGGCCCUCGUGGCCAGGGCCGAGAAGAUCAUCAUGCAGGUCGGCGAGGAGUACAAGGCGCUCUUCAUGGCGGAGUACAAGCGCCUCAUGACGCAGCGCCUGGGGCUGAAGAACUUCAAGGAGAGCGACUUUGACGAGCUGUUCAGCAACCUGCUGGACACGAUGGAGACGCACGAGCUGGACUUCAACCACUUCUUCCGGCGCCUCAGCUCCGUCAAGCUGUCCGAGAUCGCGGACGAGGAGUCUCGCCGCGAGGUGGCAGCGCGCUUCUUCCACGCCGAGGGCGUCGCGGGCGGCGAGGACAAGGGCCGCGCAGAUAUCGGCGCGUGGCUGGGCAAGUGGAGCGCACGCGUCGUCGAGGACUGGGGCGAGGACGCCGCCCAGGAUGCCGAGAGGGAGAAGGCGAUGAAGGCGGUCAACCCCAACUUUGUGCCGCGCGGGUGGGUGCUUGAUGAGAUCAUCAAGCGGGUAGAAAAGGAUGGCGAGAGAGAUGUGUUGAGGCGAGUUAUGCAGAUGGCGUUGCAUCCCUUCGAAGACAGCUGGGAUGGUAAGGAGAUCGAGGGGCGGGAGUACAAGGGGGAUAAGGAGGAGGAGGAGAGGUGGGUUGGGGAUGUACCCAAGUUCAAGAGGGCUAUCCAGUGCAGCUGUAGCUCUUAG